AUGUCGUAUCUGGCUGCUUGGAAUUCAGCCGAGCGGUUUCCCGCCCCACAGGUCACACAGGCACCUGAAGAUGGUAGGCAGCUCAGACGCAGACAAUCACAAUGCGCGACCACGCGCAAGCAGGCUGUCUCAAAUGUGGAUGUAGCUGCCCUUCAAGAUACAUCACAGUGCACCAUCUGUGCCCUGUCGCCAAUUGAGAGUUUGCCGUUUCAUACCCCGCCGUAUGUUGAGACGCAGAGUCUUCUGGUUCCACGGUUCAACGCGGGUAGCUUGACGGCAGAGCCCCACCGAAACCACCCCACCGAUUCUCAACCACGGCAGUCCAAAGGCAAGGAGGACCGCAUGUCCAGAGACCGGUGUAGCAACCGGGAAGGCCCUGCUGCAAUUCAUUCACCGAGGAAAGGAGCUCUCGGGGGGAAGUCGCAAGGCCCUAAUCUAUCGUCUAGGUCGGCCAGGUGGAUCAUGUCCGAUGUCCGCAGCAUUUGCCGGCACCGCAACCCUGAGUCGGAGAAUUAA